UUCGCUCACUCCCUCACUCACUCUCUACUUCUGCCUUUUGCUUCCGGCCCUCUUCUAUCUUUUUCUUUUUUGAUUCCAUAGUUCACUAGUUCUCUUUGAUUAGCAAUGGCUACCGCUGAGGUUGAAUCAGUUCCAGGUCCAGUUGCAACCGAGGUGGAAACUACCAUCCUAGAGGCCCCCAAGGAAGAGACAACAGUGGAGACAGCAAACCCUGAGCCAGCGGCCGAAAAAACAACAGAAGCCCCAGCUGCAGCUGAGGAAUCAAUUGCUGUUCCUGAAGCCGAGAGAGAAGCACCGGUUGAAGUUGAGACCAAGGAAGUUGUGCAGGAGGAACCGCCCAAAGUUGAAGAUCCUGCUGUUGAAGAGAAAACAGAAGAAACUCCUGCAGUCAAAGAAGCUCCAGCAGCAGAAGAAGCACCAGUAGCAGAAGAAGCAGCCAAGAUCGAGCCAGUUGAAGAAGUAACAGCCCCGGCUGCUGCUCCUGCUGCUGCUGCUGAAGAAGUAGCUGCAGCUCCGGCUGAGGAAGCUCCUGCAGCCAAAGAAGAGCAAGCAGCUCCGGUUGUCGAGCAGGGGAGCACUGAUGUUCCAGUGGAGAAGAGUGAAGAGUAGAAGGCAUCCAAUACGCGUAGGUUGAAUUGAGAUACUGCAAUAUGUGGUGGUUUCUCUUCGAUUUUCUACUAGGCUUGCAUGCUAAAGUUGGUUUAAAUAGUUUGUUUUGCUUUUUGCUUAUAUUUGGUUUACUAUUGUUAUGGUUAUGGUUCUGCUUAUGAGACUAUGAAGCGAGGCUUACUUUUAGUAUGGGUUUCAAGAGCUAGAGCUUAUACCGUCCCUGGGGAUUGGGUGACCUCACCACACAGGCGCAGCAGGGCUACCUGAUCUUGCGUGACAGCAAUGAGCAACUUCCAACUGUGGUGAUGGUCAUCGGCAGUCAUGCUAGUGGAUUGAACGGGAUAGAAAUUGUCAUGGUUAUUGGGUUAAUUUGAUUUACUUUGUCUACCAUGGUUUGAUGGAUGUAUCUCUAGCUUCCAGUAAUAAGAAUAUCAUAUUGUUGAUUUUUGUUUUAUCA